GACGACCUACAUCCGAAGAAGGCACGAAAAUGAUUACCAGCCGCACCAAUGAACCCCCUCCAUUGGAUGAAUUCACAGAGACAACGACACACAUGUAUACGGAAUCAACAGUACCUGCAACAAUACAUUCUUCUUUCGCCCAGUCGUCUCGUCCCAAUUUUUCAGGCUAUAGUUCUUUGGAGAAUCCCACUAGUAUGACCCCUUUGCCAUCAAAAGCAACUGGAACGUCUUCGACAACACCAUGUACCACAACGCAAAAGCAAAUGCAUUCAACGAAAGAAAGGUCUUCAAAUGCCUCGUUCGAGAGACCUAAUCGUGCAUCGACCGAGUCAAAGACUCUUCCGUCAUUAUCCACAUCCCAACCUACAACAGGACAAACAGUAAUUUCAUCGACAAAGGUACAAAGACGUUCUUCUGAUUCAAUGAAGUUCACGUCUCCGACAAGUACCUCAACGCAAAAGCAAAUGCAUUCAACGAAAGAAAAGUCUUCAAAUGCCUCAUCCGAGAGAUCUGGUCGUGCAUCGACCGAGUCAAAGACUCCUCCGUCAUCAUCCACAUCCCUACCAUCAACAGGACGAAUGAUACAUUCUCCUUUCUCCCAGCCGUCUAGUCCCACGUUUUCAGUCGAUAAUUCUCUAGAGACUUCCACUAGUAGGACUCUACCUCAAACGACUUGGUCAACACAAAAAGCUCACCCCCACCCUCCAUCGAGACAUGUCCAAUCCUCUACAGUAGCACCAUCUACAACGACGAUACUAAAUGAACAAACAAUAAAAGGUGAUAAAGCCUAUAUCGUCCUUAGCAAGACGGUUGUACUUGCAGUAGCCGUGGGUGUUUCGGUCGUGCUGAUCUUCAUGAUGGCUUCCAUAGUUGCCUUGAUUGGGAGACAAGCGUUUCGGUCCCAAAGUGGUCAAAUUGAAAGAAAUGUAACCUGUUUAGAUUCUACUGACGAGGGUUUCACCUCAUUCGCUGCCCAUCUAAACCACGACUACGAGAGGACCAUAACUAGAACGCAGGAUUCAACAUCUACCGACGUUGAAGUCGCUGCUCUGACAUAUCCGAUCAACAUCUUGCCUCUCCCACAUAGGCCGCCUUCCCCACCAAGUUCACAUGACUACGAGGAAGAGGAAGGCCAUCUUAUAAACACUUUUGAAGGAGAGUACAUGUUGCCUGACGUACAAGAAGGAUCUUCAGAUGGCUACCUUGACAUGGUAUCCAACGUCAAGAAAGGGGAUGCAUGCGGUAAUGGUCUUCCACUCGUCACCAUUCGACAUGUUCGAAACAAAAUGACCGAAAGGCCUAUAUCAGAAGAAAAUGGUUACCUCGUUCCGAAUGUGGAACAGUACAAGAGUCGGGAUAUGUAGGCCUACCAUUCUAUAGAACACAGGGUCGAGACUGUUCUCUAAGAAAACGGAUGGUUUCGGGCCUAUUCCAAUCGCGACUUCAGUAGAUCCAAAAUACAUGAAUAAGAACAGCUGUUUCCCACAUUGUGAAGUUGCUAGGAUGAGGGACCAUGCAGUUA